AGGGAGGAGGAGCUGACUUAUCCGUGCCGUCUAACCGUUGUUGAAAAAAAAAAAAUCCAAACAGGUCUCGCGCUCCAUACCGUUGCCUCUCUACUCCUCACACACAUCUCGGUCCCCGUGGCACGUCCGUACACAUCCAAAUUCCUCAAGCUAUCGUAUCACAACCCGACGACGGGCAAGUAUGGCAUCGGCCACGACGACCUCUGCCUCGUCGCGCUCUGCGUCGUCCUCCUCAUCGGCAUCCGAGCUGCGCUCAUGCGCCACGUCCUCGAGCCUCUGGGACGACACUGGGGCAUCUCCAAGAAGAAGGACGCCGCCAGGUUCUCGGAACAGGGCUCUAUGCUAGCUUACUAUAGUGUCCUCUGGCCGGUGGGAAUGUACCUGUACCGCAAGGCGCCAUACUACCUCGACAUGGAGGAGCUCUGGACCGACUGGCCCCAGAGGGAACUCGACGGAAUGAUGAAAGGAUAUUUCAUAGUCCAGUGGGCAUACUGGGUUCAGCAGGUCGUCUCGGUCAACAUCGAGGCCCGCCGCAAGGACUACUGGGAGAUGAUUGCCCACCAUGCCAUCACCAUCUCCCUCGUCGCCGCAUGCUACGCAUACCACCAGACCCGCGUCGGCCACCUCGUCUUGGUCCUGAUGGAUGUCAUUGAGUUGAUUUUCCCGCUGGCCAAGUGCCUCAAGUACAUUGGCUUCACCACCCUCUGCGAUGUCAUCUUUGGUGUCUUUCUCGUCGUCUGGGUAUUGACGCGCCACGUAUUCUACCUCUUGACCUGCUGGAGCGUCUACUACGAUCUCCCGCGAUCUCUGAAGCGGCCGUGCUUCCGCGGCGCCGCGGGCGCCAUCAGAGGCCCUUUCGACCCGCCCUCGGAGGGCUGGUCCCAUCUCCUGGAGCCAUUCAGAGAUCCCGCGGGGACGGUGUGCAUGACGGACGGCAUCACACACGGCUUCCUGGUCUUUCUCCUCGGCCUCGAAGUCGUCAUCUGCGUAUGGUCAUUCUUCAUCAUUCGCGUCUCGGUGCGGGUGCUCAAGGGGGCGCCCGCCGAGGAUGUCAGGAGCGACGUAGAGGGCGAGGAGGAGGAAAAGGUCGAGUACGACGAGGUGGAGGCCAUCGCGGAGGACGUCGGCAUCGAGUCUGUUGACCUGCGGUCCCGGGAGCGGUCCGCCGGGAGGAAGGGGUCGUCGAGCUCGAGGGUGAGUGGCGUCAGGACCCAUAGCGGUCGUAAGGAGUUGCUCAACAGAAUUGGGUGCGAGAAGCAGAUUGACUGA